CCUCAUCCAGCCGAGCCUAAUCUUCUCUACUGGACGAUCUAGAAUAACAGAUACAAGAUUAUAAUUCCUGGAUUUUUUGCAGACUUCAUUCAACCUCUAAUGAAUCAGGGGUGACUUUAAUGUUGCACGAUUGUAUCGGGGACAAGAGGAUGUGGCAGUGAGGCUGGAAAUCAUUCAACAUUUGUUGAGCAAACGGCCGGAUUGGACCAGAGAUCACGUUCUGGAUUCAGGGAUACCCAUUGUGACAUGUCGGGGACAUUGGUUUUCGCGCUGCUGUGGCUAUGGAUGGGGAUUUCUGAUUCAGCCGGUUUCUUCUCUUCGCCACACCUUAGCAUCCAGAAUAAAGAACAUGUAAUUAAUGCUAAUGAUACUUUAAUAAUUACGUGCAGAGGAUAUGGACCACUGGAAUGGUCAUGGCCCAGAAAUCACAGUAGCAUGGAGCACAGGAUAUCACUGACUGACUGCAGCAAAGAGAACUGGUUUUGCAAAACUCUCAUUCUGACAAAGACCAAUGCAAAUGAUACUGGAAUGUACCGGUGUUUCCAUACUUUCUCCCCAAUCCAUGUGGCUGCAAGUAUCUAUGUCUUUGUUCAGGAUGAUCAAAUGCCUUUUGUGAAUCCCUCUGACAAACCAGAAGCUCUGUUCAUAACUGAAACUAAGAAGCUUGUCAUUCCAUGCAAGGUUUCCAUUCCAAAUCUUAAUGUGACCUUACAUACGAAAUAUCCAGAGAAUUACAUUGUUCCCGAUGGAACAACAACGCUGUGGGACAAUAAGAAUGGUUUCACUAUUUUGAGUCAGAGGAUCAGAGAUGCAGGACUGGUCCAGUGUGAGACAACGGUGAAUGGAAGAGCCUAUCAGUCGAACAUUUAUGUGUUGGUAGUUGUUGGAUUCUGGAUUUAUAACCUCACACUGAAUACACCAUCCCCAGUGAAACUGUCAGUGGGGGAGCGCUUGUUACUCAAUUGCACUGCCAGAACUGAGCUGAAUGUACGGUUGAACUUUCAUUGGGAGUAUCCUGGAGAGAAGCAGAAUCCCCACUUAUUCUUCAAAAGUCUGAAGCAAGAACUAUCGCAUGGCCUGGAAUUUUCAAGCAUUCUAAUUAUAGAUAAUGUGGUAAAAAGAGAUGAAGGCAGAUAUUUAUGCAAAGCUUCCAGUGGAAUGAUGACAAAGGAGAACAGCAUUGAUGUUAUUGUCUAUGAGAAACCCUUCAUCUUCAUAGAUCACAAAGCCAAGUCAAGAAUUGAGAAAGUGCUGAAAGGAAGGAAUGUCAAAAUUUCUGUGAAGGUCACAGGCUAUCCCCAACCAGAAGUGAAAUGGACCAAGAAUGGAAGACCAAUUAGUAAGGAUCACUACAGAAUAAAGCAGGUUGGAUAUACAUUGAUGAUCACUGGUGUGACAGAAAAGGAUGCUGGGAAUUACACAAUUAUACUUAGAAAUCCAAUGUCAAAAGAAGAGCAGCAACACGCAGUUCAGCUCAUAGUAAAUGUUCCUCCAGAGAUUCAUGAAAAAGAAGUGGCUACACAUACUGACUUUCACAGCUACGGAAGCAGGCAGCCAUUGACCUGCACUGCGUAUGGCAUUCCUGCUCCUAGCAGCAUUAUCUGGGAAUGGCAGCCCAUAGAGAACUGUAGCUUCUCCUACAAUUAUCAAAGAGAAUCAGAAGCCCCCAAUAAAUCGUAUGAAAAUGAAAACUGGAGGAAUAUCACAGACAAUGAUGGCAGCAACAAAAUAGAAAGCUCAGAGCCUCGAACUGUGUUCCUCGAAGGGAAACAUAAGAUGGUCAGCACUCUUGUGAUUCAAGCAGCAAAAGUCUGCGCUAUGUACAGAUGUCGAGCUAUUAACAAAGUGGGAGAGGAUCAGAGGGUUAUCUUCUUUCCUGUAACCAAGGGCCUUGAAAUGAAUUUGCACCCUACUGAUCAUCCUAUUGAAAAGGACAAUGUAACUCUUCAGUGCAGAGCUGACCGAUUUAUAUAUGAGAACUUAAAGUGGUAUAAGCUCCAUCCAACAACCCUCCAAAGCUACCGUGGUACUCUAGCCAUCUUUUCUUGUGAGCACCUCAAACGUGGUGCACAGGAGGUGGCCUGGAAGAUGAGUUCUGGCCACAAGACUGAGAAUAUCACCAUCGAAUUGAGCUUCAGUGGUGUAUCUCUUCAAGAUCAAGGAGUUUAUCUUUGUGAAGCCCAGAAUAAAAAGACAGGUGCAAAGCAUUGUGUGAUGAAGACUCUCUCAGUAGAAGCUCAACAGGCUCCACUGGUGCUUCAGAAUCUGACGAACCAAACUGUGAACAUGAGCUCUUCUAUUGAGAUGAAAUGUGAUGUAGCUGGGGCACCAUGGCCACACAUUAUAUGGUAUAAGGACGAGAAGCAGAUUCUGGAGGCAUCAGGCAUUGUUCUUGGCGAGCUGAACAGGACCUUGACCAUCCAGAGACUGAAGAAGGAAGAUGAAGGGAUGUACAAGUGUGAGGCUUGUAAUAUGCAGGGCUGUGCAGAGACUUACGCAGCAAUUGCUGUAGAAGGAGUUGAUGAAAAGACAAAUGUUGAGCUGAUUAUCUUGAUUGGCACUGGAGUGAUUGCUAUGUUCUUUUGGCUGCUUCUAAUAAUCGUCAUUCGAAAAAUAAAGCGGCCCAGUGAUGCAGAACUGAAAACAGGUUACUUGUCAAUCAUCAUGGACCCUGAUGAAGUACCCAUGGAUAAACAGUAUGAACAGCUGUCAUAUGAUGCCAGUAAAUGGGAAUUUCCUCGGGACAGACUUAAAUUGGGAAAACCAUUGGGUCGGGGAGCUUUUGGCAAAGUGGUUGAAGCAGCUGCAUUUAAUAUCGAAAAAUUCUCUACGUGCAAAACUGUUGCUGUCAAAAUGUUGAAAGAAGGGGCAACAUUCAGUGAACAAAGAGCAUUGAUGUCUGAACUGAAGAUUCUUAUUCACAUUGGCCAUCACCUCAAUGUAGUGAACCUGCUGGGAGCCUGCACAAAAGUGGGAGGUCCACUGAUGGUGAUUGUUGAAUAUUGCAAGUAUGGCAAUCUAUCAAAUUAUUUGAGAAGCAAGAGAAAUGACUAUAUUCCUUACAAGAGUAAAGCAAUGAGGUUAAAACAGAUUAAAGAGAAGCAUCCUGCCGAAAUGGAGAGUGAGUUUAAACGGCGCUUGGACAGCAUUGCAAGUAGUGAGAGCUCUACCAGUUCUGGCUUUGCAGAAGACAAAUCACUAAGUGAUGUAGAAGAGGAGGAAGUUGCAGAUGACCUCUACAAGAACUGUUUGACAAUGGAGGACCUUAUCUCCUACAGCUUCCAGACAGCCAGGGGGAUGGAAUUCCUGGCCUCACGCAAGUGCAUCCAUAGAGAUCUAGCUGCACGUAAUGUACUCUUGUCAGAAAACAAUGUGGUGAAGAUAUGUGACUUUGGUUUGGCUCGGGACGUUUAUAAGGACCCAGAUUAUGUUAGGAAAGGAGAUGCACUGCUUCCUCUUAAAUGGAUGGCACCAGAGACUAUCUUUGAUAAAGUUUAUACAACACAAAGUGAUGUCUGGUCUUUUGGAAUUCUACUAUGGGAAAUAUUCUCACUGGGUGCGUCUCCAUAUCCUGGCAUUCAGAUAGAUGAAGAAUUUUGUCAGCGGCUCAAAGAAGGGACACGAAUGCGAUGUCCUCAAUAUGCAACAGCAGAAAUCUAUCAUACAAUGUUGGAUUGUUGGCAUGGAGACUACAAAAUGAGACCAGUCUUUUCUGAAUUAGUAGAACAUUUAGGGAACUUACUCCAGACAAAUGCUCAACAGGAUGGCAAGGAUUAUAUUCCACUCAACAUGUCACUGACUAUCGAAGAUGAUUCUGGGCUUUCUCUGCCAACUUCACCUACUUCCUGUAUAGAGGAAGAGGAAAGGAGUGAUCCAAAAUUCCAUUAUGACAACACAGCCGGAAUACGAUACCUUAAUGGCAGCAAAAAACGAAGCAGGCCUGAAAGUGUUAAGACAUUUGAUGAAGAAACAGUAAAACAAGCAACAAUCAUUGUGCAAGAGGAUAACCAGACUGACAGUGGCAUGAUACUUGCAUCAGAGGAACUUAAGACAUUGGAUUCCAGACAGAGUCAGUCAUUGGCAUUUAGUGCUUUAAUUCCAAGCAAGAGCAAAGAAUCUGUGACAUCUGAAGUCUCUAACCAGACGAGUGGCUACCAGUCAGGAUACCAUUCCGACGACACUGACACAGCUCCUUACUCCAAUGAGGAAGCACAGCCAAAGGAAAAUUACUGCAGCUCACCAGCUGAUUACAACCAUGUGAGUCGAUACAGUGCACCACCUGUUUAAGAAUUCAAACUGAACUCAGAGGAUGCCACCGUGUAGCAAAUUCACCUAAGCCAUAAUUGUAUAAAGUUACCACAUAUAUUUUCUAAAAUAUUGUCAAAGUAUGAGCUUUGACUGUGCUAGCUAAUAGAACUAUUAUGAAUAUUGACAAUGGAUAUCUUUAUGUAGCUGAAGAUUGCCCUGGAAUAAUUCACAGUGAAUACCUUAUCUGCUGUUCAGCCUACUGAUGAGGAAUUUGUCAGGCUUGAACUGAUUUCUGUCUUCUACACUUGUGAGUUCAGUUCCAGUGGCCUUGAUUGUCCAACACAUCAGCUCUAUCAUGCGGCAUACAAGGAAGGAACAAGGCUGUCAGAACAGCUGUCUGGAAAAAUAGUGGCUAUCAUUGACUGUUAUGUAGGUGGCCAUUUUUUCACAUUAAGGCAUUCCAUCAAGUUGCCUACUUCAAGCAUAUCUAAUGCUGAGUUAAAUACUGCACAAUUAAAAUUACUCGGCAACUAAGACUGGGUUCCAAACACAGGACAAAACCAUCUGCAUGUAUAUAUUGCAUACUGCAAAGUACUUUUCAUCCACUUAGAUGGAUACCUCUCCAGUUAGACAUCGGAGUGUGUGCAGAGAGAUUGUGAGAAAGGACAUAUAGGCAGGCACCUAUUUAUAGCAGCUGAGUGUUGAAUGUCUGCAGGUUCACAAAUACAGAUAAUAUAUUAAACACAAAUAUAAACACUUCCAUUGAAUGAGAAUUCUGUAAACAGUGCACAGUUUUUACUGCCAUGGUUGAAGGAAUGUUGGAUUGAAAGGUUCAUCUGCUGGUACAUACUCUCUUUCUAUUGUGCAACAAGAAAAACACUUCCAAACAAAUGUAUGUAUGCAUCUAACUAGAAGUUUAUAAAGAUUGUGAUGUUCUGUAUAUAAUAUAUAUUGAACAAAUGCAUCUCCUUAACUAUUUUUGAAUGUGAAUCUAUGGAGCCUUAGUUAUGAGUUAUACAAUCACAUAGAAAAGACCUCAAAGUGAUCAAUGUAUUAUUUCAAAAAUGAUAGAUACACUACUUUAUUGUGAUGUUACAUUAUUUAGAGAGAAUGUUUGAGCUAUUCAUUUUAAUUCUCUGAUUCUGUCUUUUGUCUUCCAAAGAUGAACUCUUUCAAAAGACAUGUGAUGUUAUAGAUUAAUAAACAUCUUCCCGAGGCAACUCAUGCUGUAUAUAUAAUAUAUAUAUUUGUUUUGUACUUUCUUAGAUUUGUAUCCAGUUUGUCAAGAAUAAUUUUAUAGAAAAUCAAUAUUAUGUCAUGGAGAAAUUUGGCAUUAUUAAAGAAAAUUUGCUUGCUGGCCGGGCCUUUAAAUUCAGAGAACCAAGCAAUUCAGAACACCAUCUGUACCCCUCAUCCAGGCAGCCAGUUGGGACAGUGGUUCUAAUUGUCAAAGAGAUGAGAUAAUGAAGUGGCACUGUACGUACAUCAAUAACUGAACAAUGUGUGCUCAUAGGUUCAUUUUUUUCCAUCUAACCCACUUUGUAAUAUUUGUCUAUUUGAUUUCAAUGAGGGUACCCCAAAAAUUGGAUUAAGCUAACCAUAUAUGAAGAAAGCACCUUUAGUUUAGAUGCUCCAUAUUCUUGAAUAAUUUUGCUUGAAAACAAAUCUAAGUUUAAUGUUGAGCUGCCACUACAUAUGGAACAAACCCAUAAAUAAACACUUUCUUAAAAAUAUUGACAUCAAAUCAUCUGACACUUAAUGAAUAAUUCUUUCAGUGUUUUAAUUGAAGUAAUGUGUCUUGUGUCCCAAUGUUAGACAUUGCCCAUUGACCUCAGUGGGAAGGAAAUUCUGGCAGGUGCACAACGGGCAGCCGAUCCACUCUCACCAAUUUUUGGUCUGGCAUUGAAAUUUCUGGGUCUAAUUGCCACAUUUAUUAUCUGUUUCCAUGAGAAUUUAUUGAACUCAUCAUGGGAGGAUAACCUUAUCACGGCUGAUUAAUAUUUUCACACAAAAUACAACUCAAGUCUCAAAAAUGAAUGUAUGUUGAAUGUAAAAAAAAAUCUAUAUCUGAUUCAUUUUAGAGUUCUUAGAAAUUACCAUGUAUUAAAGGUUCAUUUCAUUUUAAUAAA